UUUAAAUGCGGCCGCUGGAUAUAAGUCAAGCCAGACUUCAUUUUUAUUCGUGCGCCACUCGAAAAUUCCACCCGUCUCCCCGAAGUUUUAAAAAUCCAAGAUCAAUUGGCGCCUUUUGUCGGUGUUUGAUUUCGUCUGCUCAGCCAUUUUAAACUUCCCCCUUCGCCCGUCCGCCCGUAGUGACUUCUCCCCGUCCACCCCCUGCCAUCCAUCCCCACCCUGCCAUCAGCAUUUGUCCGUGCCUGUCGGCCUUGUGUUCAGCGCUGCUUCCAAGUUCACAUGCGAUCGCACCCCGUGGACCCGAUCUGAUUUUUUAUCCCUUUUUCACGCGAAAACGAAAGACACGGCGUUUUAAACGUGGAACCGUCAGGUCCAGCGUUCAGAGUAUUGAUACACGCGGUUAUCGAGCUGUUUUUCCAUCGCGAAGUGUUUUCAAAUAUCGAGAAUUCUUGGCCGCCCAACCGCAACUCGGCUACGGAUCUGAAUUCUUUGAACUGCUGUUUUCUAUUUACCUGAUUUCACCGUGAACUUUAUUUCAUGUGCGCAGUAUAGUCGAGCUAUUGUAUUUGAGAUGUUCGCCGUUUUUCUGGCUCUCAGAGCGGCCUUAACUCCUUUUUUUUCAAAUUGACAAUCCCUCAAUUAUUCAUCUCCGAUGUAAGCUCACGAGAGAAGUGCAUCUGUGUCUUUUUGCUCAGUACGUAGAAACAUCCGGUAUCAACCGAAAUGAGUUAUGAGCACCUCAUCGCCUGCUCCAUCAGACGAUAGAUUGUUGGAAGAUGCUCCUCUUGAUUUCCGAGAAGUGUGCAGUGUCAUUGCUCCACCGGGAUAUCUACCAACUAUCAUUAGACGAAAGUUAGAGAAAUCAGCACCUGUAGUGCCACCCCCUGUAGCGGCCUCCCCCUCCGUUGCAUUGCCACCUGCUAUGGUGCCACAUACUAUUGCAGUGUCAACUGUGAGCAACGUAGAUUUUGGCAACCCCGUUCUCCUGCCCAGCAACUGUAAACCUGUAUCGUUAUCCGUGCCAGUGAUGAGUCUAUUACCUCAAGCACCACCCAAGCCAAAAGAAGCAGAUACUUAUAACGCAGGGCCUUCUGGUGUGCAUCCCAUAAAAAUACGCCCCAAGAAGGAGAAAAAGUCGCCCAAGAAAAAACGUCAAAAUUCAGAUUUGAGUCGUUGGAAUAAAACUCCGCGACCCCGCUUAGGAGUAGAUGAUCCAAUUCUUCCUAGACUGAAACCAAAGCCAAAGGCAGAAGCGAGUUCAUCUGAACAAAAUUCCAACCCAAAUAUUUACACAGCGCCCCCAUCAGCUGACGCAAACUCCACGCAGGCAAGCUCUGUGAAUUCAUCUCAAUCACAGACAAGUUUGCUUCAUCAAGCAGCAUCGGCCACCUCUGAAGGUAAACCUGGAAACAUCAUCAAGCAUGUCUUAGUGAAUGAGCCAGAUGCUAAUCAAGAAUCUGUCGUACAAGGAUUCUUCCUAAAUUCCUUGGAAAAGAAUCUUGUGCUGGUCUCGGACUCCAAGCAAACAGCAGCUACAUCCACCUCAAGCAAUCAGCCAGUGGGCACAUUUAUAAUCCAGAAUGCUGCUCUGCACUCGUCUCUUCAGAAUGGCAAUGCAAAUGGGAAAGAAACUCCGGUUCAAAGUGUGCUCAACAGUCAGAGCCUUCUCCUCAAUAGUAUAGCGAACUCACCCAACAUGACUAAUUUUGCAAUCGCCACAAGUGCAGUGAAAAGUAAUCAGGAGACACCACGUUCAAAUUCACCGAAUGCUCUGCCGAAGAACAAAGGCAAUUCCAAUUCGAUUCGGUUACCUGUUGGAGGUUUGCAAGGAAAAAUCCUACAAUGUACUUCAACUGCCGUAUCAAUCAAUAGUACAACGUGUAGCCCAAAACAACUGGCAAUCCCCAAAUCAGUUGUGUCCUCUCCAAACGUUCUUCUGUCUCUCGCUUCGCAGAAACAAUGCUCUUCCUCAGGCAUAUUUCAAAAUCCGAAUAUUAUCAGGCUCGCAGUCAAAAAUGGGAAACUUUGCCCCGAUGUGAGCAUGCCAGUUCCACCACCUGUCAACACCGCUCCACAAGUCUCUGCUGCCGAGGCUCCUAAACCUCCGCUGAAACCAAUCCAGUCCCAGCAGCAAGCAGUAACACUUUCAACCCCAAAAUCGCAGAUGAAUUUAUCAACGAUACCUGCAAUCGUUCCCCUCAACGACCCCAAACUCAAAUCUGUACUCAAAGGCAAUGUUCUCUCGUCUCUACUUCAUAAAGGCGAAACUGACCAAGAGAAACCAAUGGAGAACCUAUCCGAAAUACCAUAUGAAAAGCCGUUUUUGUCUGCUCCAACUUCAACCAACAUCAUUCCUACAGAUGCAGCGGUACUGUUAAAUUCAACAAAUGUAGGCUCUUCACCGUCUACAGAAUCAGAAUCUACCUCGCAAAUUCUCGCAGGUCCUCCUUCCAAGCCCUCCAAACCAGCAACCGGCGGUCCACCUGGGCUGUACCCGUUAGCUAUGAUGUCCUCAGAUACCACAACCACUUCUGCAAUAAUGUCUGCAAUUUCCUCAUCCUCUGUCCCCCUACUCCACAUUCCAGAGACCAUCCCAUCGCAGAAUGCCCAUGCACCAUCUGCUGGGAAACCUAACGGGUCCCUCCUAGUCAUACCAGGCAUCGUUCCAUCGAGUCUCCCAUCCCUCUACUUACAUCCUAGUGGUGCUUACGUUACCUCACUCUCCUCCUUAACAUCAAAUGUUACGACUGAGUCGGGUGCUGUUAAUGAUGUAAGAGUCCCUUCAGAAAUUUUGGAGGCGAUUGCAUCCCUGUCUUCCAUUCCAGUGCCCGUGCCAGAAGUACCUCACAGCGCUAACUUGGAAAGUGUUUACAAAAAACUGCAGGAUGCAGCUGCUGUAUCGGCAUCUUUUCCAGCUUCAGCUCCUAACAGAGUGGAAUCCUUUUCUCUGCCUAAUUCAAAAGCUGAGUCUAAACAGAUGGUCUCAAGUCAUGGUAAAGAAUCCGGAAAGGAAGCUUGCAGCAAUAAUUCAAAAGAAACUCUUAUCAUCUCAGAGACUGAUAAUAAGAACAAAGAUACAGACAGUAUUCCAGACAUUCCUUUGGAUACGACGAAGAAACUACUUAAUUGGAAUGACAUCGGCGUUGGGCCCUUAGCAGGCAGCUCAAUUAAGUUCCGGAUGAAUGAAUUUGGAAUGAUGGAAAUCGAUGAUAACUUUGACAAAAAGUCAGACACUGGCAGCGACUCAGUUUCGCUCAAAGACGGAAGUCUAGACGACGUUAGCACUAACAAAGAAAACUUCAACGACUUUCUUUUAUGCAAAGAGAAGGUUGUAGAAGAAAGUGUCUACUCCAAAGAAAACAGGAAUACCAACGGCUCUUCAAAGAGGAAUAAGCGUAAAGAAGGAAGGCGGGCUAUUCGAGUCGAUGAGUCUGAUGCUGCCUUCCAAACUAAGCUUGAUGAAAAGCACCGCUCUAACAAGAAGGCGAAAUUAGAAUCUGGUGAGAGUAGAAAGAGCGCCCUCAAGAACAAAGAUGACUCGAAAGAGAGCACCGGAAAAGAAGAAAUACUCCAGUGCAAGGGUUGUAACUGCUAUGGACUGAGCGAUGAGUUUUUCAAUGAACGAGCUUGUAGUGCAGAUUGCGAACGAGAAGUGAAACAGAAACUAGUCAUUGCAAGGAAGCUCGAGUAUGACCGCAACGAUGUUCGCUUAAAGAAGAGGGAAAAGUACUACAGCCUCUUAAAGAAGGAAGUCCAAGACCAGAAGCACUUCGGGAAGGAUGAAAUUCAGGCCAAACUCGAUAAAAUUGAGAAGAUUGACAUCGAUAAGAUCGACUUGACCAAGUUGGAAGCAGAGAUCAAAGGACUUGAUGAUUUUGAUGAGGAUUCGAAUAUCGAUGUUCUAUCAAUGAGUAGUGAUCUCAGCCAGCCUGUAGAACCAGCUCCUUCAGAUAUUUUCAAAACCUUGGAAAGAGGCGAUGCCAAACAUGAUUCAUUCGAAGGAAUCUCCAAGGUUCAGAAUCCGUUCAAAGUAGGAAUGAAACUGGAAGGCAUCGAUCCAGAGCACCAAUCUAAUUUCUGCGCCAUGACUGUUGCAGAAGUGAAAGGAUAUAGAAUGCGUCUCCAUUUUGACGGCUACAACGAAUGUCAUGAUUUUUGGGUGCACGCUAACUCGCCGGACAUCUUCCCAGUCGGAUGGUGUGAUGCCAGGAAGCGGCAGUUGAAUCCUCCGCUAGGUUAUUCCAAAGAAACAUUCAAUUGGCAGUCUUACUUAAAGCAAUGUCGAGCAAAAGCAGCGUCCAUUUCAUUAUUUAGAGCACCACCGACCAAGGUAAAUAACCACUUCAAGAAGGGUAUGAAGCUCGAAUCUGUGGACAGAAAAAACGCAUCCCUGACGUGUGUAUCCACCGUGGCGGAUGUGAUUGACAAUAGGAUUUUAAUUCAUUUUGACAGUUGGGGCGAUGUGUAUGACUACUGGACUGAUAUAACCGCUCCGUAUAUCCAUCCUGUUGGAUGGUGUCAGGGACAGAACUAUGAUCUCACUCCUCCUACUAAUCACAAGAGUAACAAAGUUUUUGUAUGGGACGAGUACCUAAAAGAAACCAAGUCAACGGCUGUUCCCGCUCGUGCUUUUAAACCGCAGCCUAACAAGUUCAAAGUCAAUAUGAAACUUGAGGCUGUAGAUUUCCGGGUGCCAUCCCUGAUUCGUCCUGCCACUAUCAUCGAAAUCAAAGACCAUCGCCUGCGGAUAGCAUAUGAUGGUUUUCCACUGAGAUACGCUUAUUGGGUUGACUGUGAUAACCCAGAUAUUUUUCCACCUGGAUGGUGUGAGAAAACGCGUCAUCCCCUAGAACCUCUGCCUUCAAUGGAUGAAAUUGGAGACUGCGGGACACGCGGCUGCAAAGGUAUCGGCCAUAUCAAAGGACCUAAGUUCGUGCGCCACUUCUCGGCACAGUACUGUCCUUACUCCAAGCAGAAUAUAGAUUCUGAUGCUGAUCAUAUUCCUGACCGGUUGCAAGGUGAACCUGACGCGUUUGAAGUGGACGAACCCUUGAGCAAACCUUCAGUAGUCAAGAAAGAAUCCUUGGAGACGUUAGAAAAACCAAGCAAGACGUUGCAAACAGAACAGCCAAAAUCAAAUGAAUCUAAGCCUGUAGAAAAAGCGAGCAAAACUCAUUCCGAGCCCUUAGCGCCUAUUGCUUCCACUUCCACGGCGCCAGAAGCUCUUCCUAAAAGGAGAGGUCGCAAGAGGAAAUUCUCUAAAGAAAUGGAAGGAAUUAAAAGCGAUGGUUUUGAUGUUUUGCGGCAAGAAGUUAUUGAGUCUGUCCUCCGUCCAGGCUAUACGCCAAGCAGUAGAGACUCAAUCACGUCAUCAAAGCAUGCAAGUCAAUUAGGAAUUAAUGUCAUAGACGCUGACCCUCGUAAGUGGACGAGUAAACAAGUGACCGCAUUUGUCACGCGCAUCUACAAUCAGCCCGAUAAAACUAGAGUCUUCUUAGAACAGGAGAUAGAUGGUGAGGCGUUUCUGAUGUUGACUCAAAAAGACAUAGUAGAUAUCUUAGGUCUAAAAUUAGGACCAGCCAUCAAAAUAUUCAAUGCUAUUGUUUUAUUACGUCAGAAAAUAAGUUGAUCUCCUCUAUAAUAACCUUGUUUCCAUUUGCCGCUCAACUCAGUCAGUAUCAUUUUAGGUUAUCAAGAUACUUGUAUUCUGUUCUAAUGUUCAUUUUUUACGUGUUCUGGUUUAAAAUUAGAGAAACCGCCUUUCUGAUUAUUAAAAUUAAAGUUAACCCAAUAGUGCAACCCUCAGCCAUAGAUAACCGAAGGCAUCUUCUCCUCAGCAGAUGUAGUAGAUCUUCUUGAUGAAGACGACACUGGACAAUGCUAGGUUCGUUAAUAAAAUUCAACGGAUAGUUCAGCUUUAGAAGCUGAUUUCACCUGUUUUUACUGGAACACUUCCUUACGAAACCCUUAAGUUUCAACCGAAACAGUCCAAUUUUGGGAUUUUCCCUUCUAUUCAAUUACUCGAGACAGUAUUUUUUGGCGGUGUGGUAUUUCGCAACAGCUAAAAUGUGCCUGUACAAUUACUAAUGGAUCCCUCUUACCGCUGAAAUUAUAAAGUGAAAUUAGUGUUCUAGCAAAUCGAGUUUAAAAUCUCGAUGUCUCUUCAUAUCCACCGAAGAUUCACUUAUAAUGUUCGUCAUAAUUGAAUUGGUGAUAACCUUCGGAACAAAUAUUCUCUUUCUAUCAAUGUUUUUAAGUAAUUUGAUUUAUUGUUGAUUCAGCGCUUUUGUUAUUUUUAUUAUUCGUUUUCUGUGAUAAAUGAGUCAUUUGUAAAUACCUGUCGUUUCAAGGAUUCCUCCUGGUGUUGUACAUAAUCUGUCCAGUGAUAAUGAUUAUUCUAAGUGAUUCAUCUGUAAUACUUAUCAAAAUCCUUAACUGAGAUAUAGGACGAUUUUGCAAUUUUUUAUUUGUUUUUACCCCUUCAAUUGUUUUUAGCAACUUACAUUUCAUAACUGCGAUUAAUUUUUAAUUCUCCUGAACUUUCUCUCACUGUCUUCGUUUUUUUACUUUUUUUGAAUUGUGGAACCUCCUCACUUCUCAUUCAUGUUAUUGUCGGUAUCGAGGAAACUAUCUUUUAGCAAUGAGGAUCAAAGCGGGUUAUCAAAAAUUUUAGUCAGAGCUGAAAGAAGAGAUGUUUUCUGUGUGAAGUUCCUCAAAAUCUAUGAUAGAAGCAAAGUUUGAAACUCUCUUAUUAUCCUGCAGUUUUCGUCGAAAAUGCGUGCAAUUUAGAGCUUGUUUCCAAAAUUGUAUCUUGGAAAAUAUUUAAUCGUAAGUCAGUACGUGCAAGUGAAACCCUCCACAUUCGUAAACAGGGAUGACUCAUUUGUCUCAUACUUUACAUCCUCGUUGCAAAAGCUCAAACAUUCGUAUUUUUUUAUAACACAAUUUGUGAGAUGAAGAGUUAAUUUUACACUCGGUUGAUGCUCUCUUUGUAAUAAUUCAAACAUUUUCUCACAAGAAAGAACUUUUCUUUCAGCUCUGUCAAAAAAUUUGAGCGGCUUCUUUUCCUCUCUUUUUCCCUUUUAUUAGGGUUUCUUAUCAAAGGCGUCUUUCAAGCAUGAGUAAAAUGUUUUGACGUACUUAUAUCUACGUCCAUUGAGAUCUCUGAAGUCUAUAAGUUCAUCUCAUUAUCGAAAUCAUGAGAUAAUGCUUGUUCAUUGCAAGGCUAAUUCAAGUGUUUAAUAUUCUAGUAACUUGGAGAAUCGUAUUCCAAUGCAAGCUUGUUGUAUUUACUUGCCAAAAGUAUUGUAAUCAAGCUUGGUUUGAGUGUGUUGGUAACUUAAAAAUUCCUCUUGUCAUAAAUGUGAUGUAUCAAUGGCUAACCUAUAUGUAUCUCUAUCACAAGGUUUAAAAGUUUCCAAAUUCUGUUGGAUAUUUCUAAAAGAAAAUCAAUGGAAAUAUUCUCUUUAAAUUUUCUAUGAUGAUUUUUAGAUGAGUUUAGAAAAUUCCUAGAUGUUUUUGACGAAAAACUGCAAGUUGGUUUUCUCACAAAAAGUGAAAUAUGAGCAAGGAGCCAUGAGAUGAAUGCCUCCAAAAAUGAAACAAUAUUUCACUUGACAAAGGCUCAUUAAUGAAAUUUCCAAUCUCCUGUGACAGCCAUUGAAAGUAACAAUUAACUAUUUCUCUUAAAUAAUGUGACAGCAUCUCUGCUUAUUUUUUCUCUUGCUUUCUUUCUCUAUCUCCUUCUGUUGGUUGAUUUUUAUUUUUUGGAUGGCUGAACUUCGUAAAAACCCGUCAUUUGUAACAUUUUAAAAUCUCAGCCUGUAUUUUAUACUUUUUCAAGAAGAAAGAACUGCCUCUAUUUCGUGAAAUAUUUAAAACAUUGUCUGUGUGUCCAAAGAAAAAGAUUGGACUAGCUCUCAAUUUAGAAAUCGACUACUUACAAUAUAUUUAAAGUGUAGCAAAUGAUAAUGCGUAUCUCUGAGGGUUUAGCCGUUACAUCUCCAAGAAAGUUUAGUGAGGGGAGCAAGAAUCUUUAUUUUUCAAGAUAAAAGGAAAAUAACUGUAUCUUCUACUUUUUAAUAGGUGUUCUCUGCGGUUGCAUGGAAAAAUUUUCAGAGGACUCAGCUCAAUUUUCAAAAUUUCAGUGUCUGAUCAUAUUUUCAAAUUUUCCUUUUCUAUCAGUCAGUUUUUGUUUUGUAAUUAUCUGAAUGUAAUUUUGUAGUAUAAAACUGUAAAUAUGUUUGUACAAAUAGUCUAUGUCUCUUCGGAACCCCUGUAUAAGAAUAGUCAUGUAUGACAUGAGUAACCUCUUUCGAUGUGUUGCCGAAUGUUCAAUGUUACAACAUACAAAACUCAUACUGCUAGUUUUUUGGUAUACCUUGACUUUUUGUUGGGACAUUAAAAUUUUUGCAGUAUUAAA